UUAUCUUCACAGCGCGAAGUUAUCUCAAUACAUGUCGGUCAAGCUGGGUGCCAGAUCGGCAACGCCUGUUGGCCGCUAUUCACACUCGAGCAUGGCGUACAGGCCGAUGGAACGUUGAGCCCUAGCUUAAAUGUGGAUGAGAAUAUGACCACCUUCUUCCACGAUACCCGAUCAGGGCGCGUUGUGCCGCGCAAUAUGUUCAUUGACCUGGAAGAUUCGGUAAUCAAUGAAAUCAAAACGGGGCCCUAUCGACAUCUGUAUCAUCCACUGUACAUGGUUACCGGUAAGGAAGAUGCGGCCAACAAUUAUGCCAGAGGCCACUAUACGGUGGGCAAGCAGAUUAGUGAGCAUGUGUCGUCAACGUUGCAGAAACUGACCGAACAAUGUGAUGGACUGCAGGGAUUCUUAAUUUUCCACUCAUUCGGGGGCGGUACUGGAUCGGGAUUUACUUCGUUGUUGAUGAAUCAAAUUGCUUUGGACUACGGCAAAAAAUGCAAACUUGAGUUUUCGGUAUAUCCUGCCCCAAGGAUCUCGACAGCCGUUGUAGAACCUUACAACAGCGUUUUGACCACCCACGAUUCCAUGGAUUCUUCCGAUUGCUGUUUUAUGAUUGACAAUGAAGCAACCUACGAUAUUUGCGCAAACAAUCUUCAGAUCGGCAGGCCGGACUACCAUCAUUUGAAUACGCUUGUGGCACAAGUCGUUUCGUCUGUCACCGCUUCUUUGCGGUUUAAAGGCACAAUGAACGUAGACUUGAACGAGUUUCAAACAAAUUUAGUACCCUACCCUAGAGUUCAUUUUCCUCUGGUAUCGUACGCUCCUCUGCUGUCUGCCAACAAAGCUCAACACGAGUGCUCGUCAAUUUCCGAAAUCACCAACGCCGUUUUCAGCCAACAGAAUACAUUGGUCAAAUGUGAUCCUCGCACCGGAAAGUAUAUGGCAUGCUGCCUGCUCUAUAGAGGUGACGUCGUUCCGAAGGAUAUCAACAACACCAUCGGCAUAAUCAAAUCCAAACGUCAUAUCACGUUUGUUGAUUGGUGCCCGACUGGGUUCAAAAUCGGCAUCAACCAGCAGGCUCCCUCCGUACUGCCCGGUGGCGAUUUGGCCAAACCGAAACGGGCCGUAUGUAUGCUGUCCAACUCAACGGCGAUCUCCGGUGCCUGGGAGAGGCUCAACGUGAAGUUUGACCUCAUGUACCGGAAGCGAGCGUUCGUCCACUGGUACGUGGGCGAGGGUAUGGAAGAGGGUGAAUUUACCGAGGCACGCGAAGAUCUGGCAGCAUUGGAGAGGGACUACGAAGAAGUGGCCACCGAUACGGCCGAUGCCGGUGUCAGUGACGGUGAUGAGUAUUAG